UCAAUUAUUUAGAUUUGGAUACCAAAUUGCAUGAUUUCCCCUAGAAGUUGGCAACUACAAAUCUACAAUAUCCCCUUGGCUGAAGGAGUUUAAAAAGGGACGAAAGAUUUCCCCGGGCUUUCUCUCUUGCUAAUUGCUGAUCCAAAUUUCGUACUUCUCGCAGAACUGAACAACCAAUCCUUACCCGUUUUGCUAACUUCGUUAUUGCUCGUCGAAGUACAGCCUGAUGACAAUGGAGGUUGAUGAACCUCUGGACUUUGAGUUUGAAGAUAAUGCUGUUGUUUCCCCUUCUAUUUCCAAGAAAACGAAAAAGGUUAUAGGUUUGGAUGACUUGUUAAAGGACUACUACAAGGAGAAAAUCACCAUUGAUGAGAAGGUUAAGAAACGUGCAAAGGUCCAAAAAGUCUAUGAUUCUGAUUCUGAUGAUGACAUUAGUGCCAGAGAAGCUAAGUUUCAUCACUGUGUUAACGAAUUCCAAGAAAAGAUGAAUCAAAUAAAGGCUGAUGAUGAGAUGCCUAUGUGGGGUGUUCAAGUAUUUGGUUCUCAGAAAACUUUCCCAGAACUGGAUUUCCCUGACCUAAGGCAGUGCAGCUAUCUGCAUUCUUUCUUGAAUCGUGAGCUUAACUCGACUGUUAAGCUCAAAAUGGAGGAAGGACAGAGUUUUCUUGAGGGCUUGCUCCUAAAUGGGUGGCUUUUGAAGCUGAUCAAAUCUCAGGGCUGCCUUGAAGAAACCAUUGCAAAAUGGAGCUUUAAUCUCUUGUUAUAUUCACCAAAGCUCCAGUUGGGAAAUGCAGCCUGCAACUUUUGGUGUUCCAUUCUCUUACCGAACAGUGAGAUUGACCCAACAAAGUUUGAAAUCAAAUGGUUUCCAAAGCAUUUGGAACUGAAAAAUGCGCUUGAUGUAUAUGGCUUUUUAUUGGAUUCACCUUGCAAGUCAUCAUCAUCCUCCAUGGAAUUUGACCAUUCAGAUUCCAAUUCUUCUGGUCCACCACAAAAUAUAAGGUUUUGGAUAAAGCUUGUCUCUGCUAGUUGCCAAGUUAGGAAUGCGUGUUCAACCUUCUCAACUGAAGAGGUGGAAGACAUGAUAGUUGUGGUAAUCUGCAUGUUUAUGGACCGACAACUUCUUGGCCUCUCCCCUAUCUUGGAUGAAUGUCUUCACUCACUUAUAAGCUUCUUUAAUGAUAGUGAAUUUGGUGCCAGCUGUAUCAAAAUAGCCAAGUCUCUUGCCUGCAGACUGAAUACAGAUAUUAGCUGCUUGAGAACUGUUGAAAGUAUUUCAGUGUUUGAUGCUCGUGGUAAGCGUUUAAGAAGUGCCGUAGCCUUUGAGUUUCUAGUAGCAUGCUUUGAUAGUAAGGUAGUUGAUGGAGAAGGGAUCUUAAAGUCUAUAAAUGCCAUUAAUCUGAAAGAUGAGGAUUUUGAGCUUGAAAAGAUGUAUAUAUACUUGAUAUUGGUAGACAACUGGCUCUUCUGUGACCCUAAGCUAAAAGGAAAUGCAGAACUCAAAAAGAUGUGGGCUGCAUGUCUCCGUAACUGUUCCUGCCAAAUCAGCAGCACAGAUUUGAGGUCUUAUGCUUUAAAGGUCAGAAGUAAAGCUUCAUAUCUUUCUCAAGGCCAUGCUAGCAAAUAGUUAAGGGGGUGGAAGGGGCUGUGGGAUACUUUUUGCAAAUAAUCUUUUCUUUUUUGCAAUAUCAUGUAAAUGGAAAGGCAGUGCAUAAUUAUGUAUGCUACUUAAUUUUGACAGAAAAUGAAGAUAAUUGGCAGAAGGUGGUUUCCUUAGAAGUUUAACUUAGUUUUUUUCCUUUAUUGACUUUGAUGUAAGUGCUCCUACCAGAUAUCAUUUUAAAAGUGCUAAAAACUGCAGUUAAUGGUGUACCUGGGCCGGUUCAAUCUGGUUUUGGGUUGUGUGUCUCGUGACCAGCUGGUUCCAGGUAGGGGUAAUCCGAAACUUGGCCGGGAAAGUUGCUUCUGGUUACAGUCCAGUUCUGUUUCAGUUUUCUUAUAUUUUGGAUAUGAAUCUAUGCUAAAACUUCAGGAACUCGUCCAUAUUAGUUCUCGUUCCCUCCAAAAUAGGAUUAGACUACGCAUGGCCGUGGUUUUAGAAAUAAGAUAUAAGUUGCUCCAGACUAAAACCGUAUUGUAACUAUAUUGGCUACACCCGAUUCUAGUUAUGAGUAAGCCCAAGCCUCCAUUGGGUUCAGAAUCAGCCGAUCUUGAUUAGGUAUGAUAGUGUUCUGUCUACGGUCUAUAUCGAACAAAAGAGUCGUCCUCAAUGUCAUAAUUUUUUUACUACAGCAAUGUUAUGGUGUUAGUUGUGUUUAAGUAAAAUUAGUGUUUGUAAUAGAUAUUCUAGCUUGUAAAGAGAGAUAAAACGCUUUAGAUACUUGUACGUUAUAUAUUAGCUUAAGUUGUAUGAAGUUCUUAUGAUUAGUUAUUAAUUAGAUCUUAAUAACAGGGCUUAAAUGUCGGUUUUUGUGCUUAAGAUAAUUGUUUUAGUACUUUAUUUAGGUACUAUGGUUGUAUCCAUUCUCAUUCCUCACCAAAAAGUUUUUUUUUACGGUUUUCAGAAAACAGAGGUGUCUUCACUCACUCGCCUAUCUUGUACCGCUAUAGUUUGCCGCCUAUAGAUUGUCAUCAUUUGCUCAUCUACUCUACCAAAGUGUAUUAUCGUUAAUUUUAUGAUUAAUUUGUCAAAAUUAUGAAAAGGAGUCACUUUAGGUCUACAAUAAACUUUUAUUUGUCGUUUAAGAUGUUUUUAAUUAGAUUAAAAUUUCUAUUCUGAUCUAAUCUGUUAGAUGUUUGUUCUACGUAUAUUUUAAAACUAUUGAAGUUUGGUGUAAUUAGAUUUAAUCUGGUUUGAAAUUAAAAUCGGUCAAUUAAAUAUACAUAUGGCCAUUUUUAUUGCAUUUUUAGAAUGAGA